GUUAUUUCGUUGUGGUCGUCCUGAGGUCAGUGGACAACUUUUUGCCUUUGGUUUGGAAUUCCUCAUAUCACUGGUGCGUCCGCUUUUGGGGACCGGCGAGGAGCUGCCACCAUGUCGCGCUAUGACAUGAAGGACUUCGGGGAGGCUGCACCGUUUUUACGCAAAACGGACCUGGAGCUGAUGGCGGUGCAGACUGUCGCUUUUGACGGUAAGAAGCGAGCCUGGAUCCCUGAUGAUAAAGAGGCGUACAUUGAGAUUGAGAUCAAGGAGAUCAGCGGUGACAAAGUCAUUGUUGACACCAAAGAUGGGAGGACCCUGACAGUGAAGGAAUGUGACAUCCAGCAGAUGAACCCUCCUAAGUAUGACAUGAUCGAAGACAUGGCCAUGCUGACACACCUCAACGAGGCUUCUGUGCUGUUCAACCUGCGCAAACGCUACUCCGCCUGGAUGAUCUAUACCUACUCCGGGCUCUUCUGCGUGACGGUAAAUCCAUACAAAUGGCUGCCCGUCUACACAGCCCCUGUGGUCGCUGCCUACAAAGGCAAACGCCGCACUGAGGUUCCGCCGCACAUCUACUCCAUCGCAGACAGUGCAUAUAAUGACAUGCUGCGCAAUCGGGAGAACCAGUCCAUGCUCAUCACCGGAGAAUCCGGUGCUGGCAAAACUGUCAACACGAAACGUGUCAUUCAGUAUUUUGCCAUUGUGGCAGCCAUUGGGGAAACAACUGCCAAAAAAGGACAAGGUCCUGCCACCAGAACAGGGGGGACUCUUGAGGAUCAGAUCAUUGAGGCGAACCCUGCCAUGGAGGCGUUUGGUAACGCCAAAACGCUGAGAAAUGACAACUCAUCCCGUUUUGGCAAGUUCAUCAGGAUCCACUUCGGACCUACUGGCAAACUGGCCUCAGCUGAUAUUGAUAUAUAUCUUCUGGAAAAAUCCAGAGUGAUAUUUCAGCAGCCUGGUGAGAGGAGCUACCACAUCUACUACCAGAUCAUGUCGCAGAAGAAACCAGAACUGUUAGACAUGCUGCUGGUGUCCUCCAACCCGUACGACUACCACUUCUGCUCCCAGGGCGUGACCACCGUGGAGAACUUGGAUGACGGACAGGAGCUGAUGGCCACUGACCACGCCAUGGACAUCCUUGGCUUCCUGGCCGAUGAGAAGUAUGGCUGCUAUAAAAUAGUUGGAGCCAUCAUGCACUUCGGCAACAUGAAAUUCAAGCAAAAGCAGCGCGAGGAGCAGGCGGAGGCUGACGGCACUGAAAGUGCAGACAAGGCCUCGUACCUGAUGGGCGUCAGUUCAGCUGAUCUCAUCAAGGGCCUCCUGCACCCAAGGGUGAAGGUGGGGAAUGAAUAUGUGGUGAAGGGACAGAAUGUCGAACAGGUUAACUAUGCUGUUGGUGCUCUGGCCAAAGCCACAUAUGACCGCAUGUUCAAAUGGCUUGUGGGACGGAUCAACCGCACCCUGUACACCUCCCUGCCUCGCCAGUACUUCAUAGGGGUGCUGGACAUCGCUGGGUUUGAGAUCUUUGAAUUCAACAGCUUUGAGCAGCUGUGCAUCAACUUCACCAAUGAGAAACUGCAACAGUUUUUCAACCACCACAUGUUCAUCCUGGAGCAGGAGGAGUACAAGAGGGAGGGCAUCGAAUGGACCUUCAUCGACUUCGGGCUGGACCUUCAAGCCUGCAUUGAUCUCAUUGAAAAGCCGCUGGGCAUCAUGUCCAUCCUUGAAGAGGAGUGCAUGUUCCCCAAGGCCACAGACAGCAGCUUUAAAGCCAAGUUGUUUGACAAUCACAUUGGCAAAUCACCUAAUUUCCAAAAGCCAAGGCCGGACAAGAAGCGCAAGUACGAGACGCAUUUUGAGCUGGUGCACUAUGCCGGAGUGGUACCAUAUAACACUAUUGGCUGGCUGGACAAAAAUAAGGACCCACUGAACGAAACGGUAGUGGCGUGUUUCCGGAAAUCCUCCAACAAGCUGCUAGCUUCUCUGUACGAAAAUUAUGUUUCCUCAGAUGCAGUGCCCGAACACAAGAGUGGCAGCAAGGAGAAGAGGAAGAAGGCCGCCUCCUUCCAGACCGUGUCUCAGCUUCACAAGGAAAACCUGAAUAAGCUGAUGACCAAUCUCCGCAGCACCCAGCCACACUUUGUUCGCUGCAUCAUCCCUAAUGAGACCAAGACUCCAGGGAUCAUGGAUGCAUUCCUGGUGCUGCACCAGCUGCGCUGCAACGGUGUGCUGGAAGGCAUCAGGAUCUGCAGAAAAGGCUUUCCCAACCGCAUCCUCUACGCUGAAUUUAAACAGCGCUACCGCAUCCUGGACCCCCAUGCCAUCCCAGAUGAUAAGUUCAUGGACAGCAGGAAGGCUGCAGAGAAGCUGCUGGCCUCCCUGGAAAUCGACCAAAGCCAGUUUAGAUUUGGACACACAAAGGUGUUCUUCAAAGCAGGCCUGCUGGGUCACCUCGAAGAACUGAGGGAUGAGCGUCUGGCCAAAGUCCUGAUGCUGCUGCAGGCAGCCGCUCGUGGCAGACUCAUGAGGAUGGAGCUAAAUAAGAUCAUGGAAAUGAAGGAGGCUCUGAUGAUAAUCCAGUGGAACAUCCGGGCCUUCAAUGCUGUCAAGCACUGGCCCUGGAUGAAGCUCUUCUUCAAAAUCAAGCCUCUACUGAAAAGUGCUGCCACCGAGAAAGAGCUGGUCGCUCUGAAGGAGGAGAUGGCCAAGCUGAAGGAGGCUCUGGAGAAAUCUGAGGUCAAACGCAAAGAGCUGGAGGAGAGACAGGUCAGCCUGGUCCAAGAGAAGAAUGAUCUCUCUCUACAGCUGCAGGCAGAGCAGGACAAUCUUGCAGAUGCCGAGGACCGCUGUGACCUACUCAUCAAAACUAAGAUCCAGCUGGAGGCCAAAGUGAAAGAACUCAUGGAAAGGCUGGAUGACGAGGAGGAGAUGAACGCUAAUGUGCUCGCCAAGAAGCGCAAGCUCGAGGACGAGUGCGCUGAGCUGAAGAAAGACAUUGAUGAUCUGGAGAUCACACUGGCUAAAGUGGAAAAGGAGAAACAUGCCACUGAGAACAAGGUGAAGAACCUGAUUGAGGAAAUGGCAGUUCUAGAUGAAACCAUACUGAAGUUGACCAAAGAGAAGAAGGCUCUUCAGGAGGCUCACCAGCAGACUCUGGAUGACUUGCAGGCAGAAGAAGACAAAGUCAACAGUCUGACCAAAGCCAAGGCAAAGCUGGAGCAACAAGUAGAUGAUCUGGAGGGAUCACUGGAACAGGAGAAGAAGGUGCGUUUGGACUUGGAACGGGCCAAACGUAAGCUGGAGGGAGAUCUGAAACUCUCCUUGGAGUCGGUUAUGGACUUGGAGAAUGACAAGCAACAACUUGAAGAGGUCCUGAAAAAGAAAGACUUUGAAAUAAAUGCGAUGAGCUCAAGGAUUGAAGAUGAGCAAGCCUUAGUAAAUCAGCUCCAGAAGAAGAUAAAGGAGCUACUGGCUCGCACAGAGGAGCUGGAGGAGGAACUGGAGGCUGACCGCGCUUGCAGGGCCAAAGUAGAAAAGCAGCGUGGAGAUGUGGCUCGUGAGCUCGAAGAGCUAAGCGAGCGCCUGGAGGAGGCUGGUGGGGCCACCUCGGCCCAGAUCGAGAUCAACAAGAAGAGAGAGGCGGAUUUUCUGAAGAUGCGCCGAGACCUAGAGGAAGCCAUGCUGCACCACGAGGCCACGACGGCUACCUUGCGGAAGAAGCACGCCGACAGCGUUGCAGAGCUGAGCGAGCAGAUCGACAGUCUGCAGCGAGUCAAGCAGAAGCUGGAGAAGGAGAGGAGCGAGGCAAAGAUGGAGGUUGAUGAUCUGGCCUCUACUGUGGAGCAGCUCUCAAAGGGCAAGGCGACUUCAGAGAAGACUUGUCGCCUGUAUGAAGACCAAAUGAAUGAGGCUAAAGCCAAGGUUGAGGAGCUCCAGAGGCAGCUCAAUGACACCACAACCCAAAAGGCCCGUGCACAGUCCGAGAGUGCCGAGUUGAGCAGGAAGCUUGAAGAGCGGGAAUCCAUGGUCUCCCAGCUCCAGCGUGCCAAGAACUCCUUCGGCCAAAAUGUCGAGGAGCUCAAGAAACAGCUGGAAGAGGAGAAUAAGGCUAAGACCGCCCUGGCUCAUGCACUGCAGUCAUCCCGUCACGACUGUGAUCUUCUGAGAGAGCAGUAUGACGAGGAGCAGGAAGCCAAGGCUGAGAUGCAGAGAAGUCUGUCCAAGGCUAACGCUGAGGUGGCUCAGUGGAGGACUAAGUAUGAAACUGACGCCAUCCAGAGGACUGAGGAGCUGGAGGAAGCCAAGAAGAAGCUGGUGACACGUCUGCAGGACGCUGAAGAGACAGUGGAGGCUUCCAAUGCCAAGUGUUCUUCUCUGGAGAAGACAAAACAUCGGCUCCAGACAGAGAUCGAGGACCUGGUUAUUGAUCUGGAGCGUGCCAAUGCUGCAGCCGCUGCCUUGGACAAGAAGCAACGCAACUUUGACAAGGUGCUGGCUGAAUGGAAACAGAAGUAUGAAGAGUGCCAGGCAGAGCUGGAGAGCUCUCAAAAAGAGUCGCGUGGUCUGAGCACAGAGCUCUUCAAACUGAAGAACUCUUAUGAGGAGACCCUGGAUCAUCUGGAGACUGUCAAGAGGGAGAACAAGAACCUUCAAGAGGAGAUUGCUGACCUGACCGAUCAAAUCAGUCAGGGAGCGAAGACCAUCAGUGAGCUGGAGAAAAUAAAGAAGGGUCUGGACAUGGAGAAAAGCGAGAUUCAAGCUGCCCUGGAGGAAGCCGAAGGCACUCUGGAGCAUGAAGAAAGCAAAACUCUCCGCAUCCAGCUGGAGCUGAACCAGAUCAAGGCUGAUGUUGACAGGAAGCUGGCAGAAAAGGAUGAAGAAAUUGAAAACCUUCGCCGCAACCACCAGAGAACACUGGAGUCCAUGCAGGCCACCUUGGAUGCCGAGGCCAAGUCUCGCAACGAGGCAGUCCGCCUGAGGAAGAAGAUGGAGGGCGACCUGAAUGAGAUGGAGGUGCAGCUGAGCCAUGCCAACAGGCAGGCUGCUGAGUCCCAGAAACUCGUGAGAAACCUGCAGGUUCAGAUUAAGGACAUUCAGUUGGAGCUGGAUGACACUCUUCACAAGAACGAGGAGCUGAGGGAGCAGGUGGCGGUGACGGAGCGCCGUAAUAACCUGCUAGCUGCUGAGGUGGAGGAGCUAAGGGCCCUGCUGGAGCAGAAUGACCGUGCACGCAAGCUAGCUGAGCAUGAGCUGCUUGAGGCCACUGAGAGGGUCAACCUGUUGCACUCCCAGAACACUGGGCUGAUCAACCACAAGAAGAAACUGGAGCAUGAUCUGUCCACACUGUCAAAUGAGGUGGAUGAUGCUGUGCAGGAGUGCCGCAAUGCAGAGGAGAAGGCCAAAAAGGCCAUCACUGAUGCGGCAAUGAUGGCAGAGGAGCUGAAGAAGGAGCAGGACACCAGCGCCCAUCUGGAGAGGAUGAAGAAGAACAUGGAGCAGACCAUAAAAGAUCUGCAGAUGCGUCUGGACGAAGCUGAGCAGAUCGCCCUCAAGGGCGGCAAGAAGCAGGUCCAGAAGCUGGAAGCUAGGGUCAAAGAACUGGAGAAUGAAUUGGACGCUGAGCAAAAGAAGAGUCAAGAGUAUCAGAAGGGAGUACGCAAGUAUGAGAGGAGAAUCAAAGAGCUCUCCUACCAGGCUGAGGAAGACAAGAAGAACCUGGCCCGCCUGCAGGACCUCAUCGACAAGCUGCAGGUCAAGCUGAAGAGUUUCAAGAGACAGGCUGAGGAAGCGGAGGAGCAGGCAAACACCAACCUCUCCAAGUACAGGAAGCUCCAGCAUGAGCUUGAUGAUGCAGAGGAGAGGGCUGAUACGGCCGAAUCGCAGGUCAACAAGCUCCGGAUCCGCACCAGGGAUCAAGGUAGCAAGCAUGCUGAAUGAUGUGAGGCUGAACGCUGCGGACAAACAUAUCACAGCCAGCCAGCUGCAACAGCUGUGCUCGACUGUGACAACGCACCCAAAUAAAGACUUCAAAUAUAUACUUUAAA